AUGGCAACACGUCCUGACAUAGCACAUAGCACGAGUGUUGUAUCAAAGUUCAAUGCAAAUCCAAGUACUGUGCAUCUGACAGCUGUGAAGAGGAUACUACAGUACUUGAACGGUAUGACAGAACUCGCUCUCAAUUAUGAGCAGUCAGAAACCGGAACCUUGAUCGGAUUCUCAGAUGCUGAUUGGGCUGGAGAUCAGGAUCGUCGUUCAACAACUGGUAAUGUGUUUCUACUGAGUGGAGGAGCCGUGAGCUGGCUCAGCAAGAAACAAUUAACAGUUGCUCUUUUGACUGCAGAAGCUGAGUACUGUAUGUUGCACUUAGCCAAGCAUCUCAAGAAUGUGUCUGGCUUAGACGACUACUGA